CUCCGCCCAUAACAGCCGCAGAAGAAGAAGAAGCAGAAGCAGAAGAGCAACAGUCUUCAGUCGGCAGAGUGAAAACAGCGGCUUCAACUCAAUGGUGAAGAGACGACGCGUUCAGAAGCCGGAAAAGACACAUGGAUUUAUUGACAUGUCCGCGGCUGCUGGCGUGACUGUGGGCUGACGUGGAGGGCUGAAAACAAGUGAGUUCACAACGGUCUCAGGCAGAGUUUUCUGUCAGGACUGUUACGGAGGAGUAACGUUGACUAAGGCGCGGUGACAUGACACCGCUGACGAUCUAACCGCCCAGAGAGGUUCAACCCUCCUGCCCUCCCCUCCCUAUCACCGUCCUCCCUUCCUGAUCCCUUUCUCCCAUUGGCUGCUGUUCCUCAGAGGGCAGCACUAAGUAUGGGGUAAGAAGAGCUGAGGGACACACCAAGACAACACAAGCUGAGGAGGCCCUCUAACCUGCACAGGUGGGGACAGGUGCAGGACACUGUCAUGGCGCUGCUGCGGAAGAGACUGAAGCUUGUGGUGACAGUGAUGAUGGUCAACCUCUUCAUCUUCAUCCUCCUCACCCGACACAGCAACCAGGGCAAAAAUGAGCGUCACAAAGUCCACAUCCCCUCCAAACCAUUCUGGGGCAAACUGGUUCCCAGCAUGGCUUACUGGAACCGCGAGCAGCAGAUUCUGGACAUUCAGAACAAUCCCAUCCUGACGGCUAACUACAGCUCCACAGAAAUGCCGGCCUGGCUUAACAGCACCAGUUUGACCUUCCACCCCUGCCAGCCUAACAUCAGGGUUACCACUCAGGUGAAAGACUACAACUCCCUACCGCAACGGUUCAAGGACUUCCUGCUUUACAUGCACUGUCGCUCCUACCCCAUUAUGGUGGACCAGCCUGAGAUCUGUAAGGAGCCGCCAUUCCUGCUUCUGGCUGUCAAAUCUUUGGCACCACACUUCGACCGCCGCCAGGCCAUCCGUCAGUCAUGGGGACGGGCCGGUGUGAUAGCCAAUCAGACGGUGGUUACCAUCUUCCUUCUCGGCAACGCCACAGCUGGCGACCACCAUCCGGAUCUGUCCGAAAUGCUGCACUAUGAGAGCAUCCGCCAUAAAGACAUAAUCCAGUGGGCAUACAGGGAUUCAUUCUUCAACUUAACUGUCAAAGAGGUCCUGUUCCUGGAAUGGAUCCAGACUCGUUGCCCCGGUGCUCGCUUCAUCUUCAAAGGCGAUGACGAUGUCUUUGUCAACACUUACCGCAUCCUGGACUUCCUCAAGGGCCUCUCCGAGCCUAAAGCCAGGGACCUCUUUGUGGGCGACGUGAUCACUAACGCGGGGCCACAUCGAGACAAGAAGGUCAAAUACUUCAUCCCAGAGAGCAUGUACACCGGGACCUACCCUCCAUAUGCAGGAGGAGGCGGGUACCUUUACUCAGGCGACAUUGCUGCUCGUCUGCACAAUGUGUCGCAGCAUGUAGCGCUCUACCCGAUAGACGAUGUCUACACAGGCAUGUGUCUUAGGAAGGUAGGGCUGGCCCCCGAGAAGCACAAAGGCUUUAGGACUUUUAAUAUAGAGGAAAAGUACAGGUCGAACCCAUGCGCCUACAAGAGUUUAAUGCUCGUUCACCCCAGGACCCCGCAGGAGAUGAUCCAGAUCUGGACCUGGCUCAGUAGUCCUGCCCUCAACUGCCAGUGACAGCUGUGCAGCAGGCAGACGGGGACUGAGUGGAACAGCCCCAGGGAAGGAGAGAUUCUGAGGGUUGUUCCCAAAGGUCUAAGGGGCAAAUUGAACAGGGUUAUGACUUAAAAGUUGGCAGCUUUAAGUUAAGAUAUUAUUGUAAUGGUCGGUUGGAAGAAUCCAAGCAUUGUAGCUCUGAAAAUGAGGAAGGUCGAGUUAUUCAAAAGGACCACCAUAGUAUUUUUACUUGAUGUCAGACUUCCAUGGACAAGCUAACCCUGCUUUAAUGUCGAACGAACUUCUGCCUUUGUGUGCACAUAUUUAUAUCACAACUAUUUAUAUGGCCUUUAAAAUGCUUUAACACUGUGUGUCAGCCCUUUGAUGGCGCGUCUCGAUGCUGUAUUAUAUGUAUAAUGAGACUAGGACAUGGAAUGUGUCCACCUGGGGACUCUUUUGUUGCUUCAAGGGCAAAGCAAACAUGUCAGGUCAUUGACACUGAUGAAACGAGGCUCGUAUGUGUUGAAACAUUUCAAAUGAAUAUAAGUGAAACUCUUGAACUUCACUUCCCUCUAACAGCCAGUGGUUCUCAUGCAGCCGUUUAUUGCUGCUAGCCUUAAAAGUGCUUCCUGGUGAACACUUCCUAGUAAUUGUUGCUGGAGGCUUAGUGUGUGCUGCUAUUUCCAUCCACACUCCCUUAAGUAUUUACUUGUGACUCACUUCAGCUCGACCAGUUUCUUCUCUUCACCGUUUGUGUUUGUCAGUUUACUUAAAAGCCAUUUAUUCAGUCUUGAAAAGGAGUUUGUUUUGCCUUAACUUGCUUUUCACUCUUUAUGUUAUUUCUCGUAAUUUGGGUUAUGUGUCAUUCCUUUAAUUGGUAGAUACAUAACAUUACCACAAAGCUUCAGGUCAUUAUAUAGUUUUGAGAAAGGGGGGGUGUUUGGUAGAGUGAAUACACACUUUGCUUUCAGGAAACAGGAGUCCUGCUGUGUACUGCUCAGCAGGUCUGGGCUUGGGUUUUGAUGUGGAUGAAGAAAUCCAAAUGCUGUCUAAUUCUGCUUCAGGUUCGCACUUUUCACAAAAA